CCCAGGACAAAGCGUACCUCCGCGCCCCCCCCCACCCCCCCGAUCUCUCGGCCCGGCCGCAGGCGAGACACGAUGAGGAGAAACAGCUGCAGAACCCAGGGCCCGCGAUCUGGCACCGCAGGAAUGUCUCAAUCGAAAUUCGUAGCCUCCCGCACGGCCUUGGGUGGUACGGCGAAGCCGACUGGCGGUGCCUUUUCGGCGGUGCCCUGGCGUCGCGUGCGAGGGACCGGCAUCUGCCCUUGAGCUAUUGUCUGUCUGUCGUUCGGCCAAGCAUGGUCCAGAACUCACACAUGGCGGACCCGGCAUGCCCAGAGUCUAUCGAUUGUGAAGGAAUCGCCGCCCUCGAUUCGAAUCCAUAUUGGAUUUCAGCUCGUCUCGUUACUCAGCUGCCUCGCCGCAUAGCAGCAUAGCAGGCACGCCGGCAGCUUCUCUGCAAUUUACCGUGCUUGCUUUGGUCCAUCCACACCAUCCCUCGAGAUCAAGAGAGAGAGCGACAGAGGCCGCUUGCUUCUUGCUCUCCCGCCCCGCCGGGUCGGCGCCUCUUCUUUGUCUUGUCUCUUACUUAUGCAGGCCCCGGUGGCCCGCCGCCGAUAUCCUCGUCCCGCCCGUCUGCGUGUCUCUGCUCACGCCCGUCAUCGCCGGUCCGCCCAGCCACGACCUGCUUGUUUUUCACACGCAUGUUUUCCUUUUCGCGCGACUGUUUUUGUGCCCUCAGAUCUCCUUAGGCGCGUCAGUCCUCGUUUCCAUUUCUGUCGACCCCAUCCCCUCUUGGUUCGCUGGAUCGGGUUCCUGCGUGGUGUGUGUGCUGGUUGUUUUCGUUCGUGUGAGUGCGCCCAAAGGAGACUCACGUGUACGUGUGUGAGCCGAGCUGGCCUCCUCUUGAUUCCUUCAUCCGGCACUUGUGCGUCUUGCCUCGACAAGGCGUCUUCAACAUCAUGACUUGGAAUAUCACCAUACCGAAGCCGGCUGCCAGGCCGCCGUUCAUUCAUUCUCCCAAGUCACCCGUCGCCUCCUUUACGACCCGCGCGUCCAACAUGUCCAGCCCUGCGUCACCCAGCCCACUGACUACUUCGACACGGAGUUUUUCAUUGGGAUCGUUUGCGAGCCAUCAGAAACCGAUCAAGUAUGGCAAAGGGCGACAUUCAGACGUUGAGUUGGUUCCGCAACCCAGUGACGACCCCAAAGAUCCCUUGAACUGGCCCCGGUGGCGAAAAGACCUGAACCUCGUGUCCCUCCUCAUGACCGUGGGGUUGGUAGGCGGCAUGAAAACUGCAUUUAUCACCACUGGCGGCAUCAUGGCCAUUCACUACAACGUAUCCUUCACGUCGAUUGCGGCACUCACCGCGGUCCCAAUGAUCCUCUCUGCGUUCACUGGCCUGAUCUGUGUGGUAACCGCCAAAGUCAGGGGCAAGAGGCCUCUGUAUUUAGCCUCCAUGGUGCUCUUGUUCAUCGGCUCCGUAUGGAACGCGACGGCAGGCGACAGCUACGCUUCGUGCAUGGGCGCUCGGGUCGUCCAAGGGCUCGGCUGGGGUGCGUUCGAUACGCUCGUGAUGGGCUCGAUUCAAGACACGUACUACGAACACGAACGGAACCUCCCAGUUUCAUUGUACAACAUCUUCUGCAUAGUGACUACCUGGGGAUCACCGCUUUUUGGUGGCCUCGCAUCACAAAAUGCUGGCUCAUUCACCGCCCAGUUUCGCAUUAUCAGCUCAUUCUAUGUUCUGGCAAUCCCUCUUCUUGCAUUCGGAGCACCAGAGACUGCCUUUGACAGGUCUUGGUCGGCUGCCAUACCGCCAGCUCCAGCUCCGUGGUACGGGGUCUCGCCGCCUUGGCGCCCGUGGCGUCUGCGGCAUAGGCUCAAUAAGGACACCGUUAUUGAAUACCUCAGGAGUAUGAAGCCAGUAUCUUUCGAGGGCGCGUUGACGCUCCCCAUCAUGCUGCAGGUUCCGCGAGCGCUUAUUGCGCCCACAACCUGCCUGCUGUUUCUCCUCUCCUUCAUCCCUUACAGCACACUGUGGGGCAUGACCUUCUCCCUCAGCAUGCUCACAACGCCGGCGCCCCUUUCUUUGAGUUCCGCAACAGUCGGAACGCUCAUGGCUGGUCCCUUGAUUUUCGCUACCGCUAUCGUUACGGGAUUCUGCUUCUACCGAGGACGGCACCAAAAAUUCAACGGCAACAUCAGCUAUACCACUGUCGCGGCCGGAACAUUGCUCAUCUUUGUUGGCCUGCUUACGUUCGGGCUUGGUCUGGACAAUUUCAUGACAGACGACGUAUCUGAACCCAGAGGAACGUUUUUCAACGCCGAGACCGCCGGACAGAUCAGUCUGCCGCUGAUAUCGUUUCAACUUGGCGCUCUGGCUGGCGGCUUCUACGUCAUUGACACGGCCACACGACCUCUUCUAGCGCGAUCUGCCUCUUUUACCUCAUCAAGCAUUGUCGUUGCUCAGCGCAGCAUCGGAGACAUGCACACUAGCGUCGUCCUUUUACGGAACUUUGCUGCAGGUGUCAUGGUGCUCGCCAUGCCGAACGCCAUCGCGGCAGUGCGCGGGCUCAAGGCCACGGUGAUUGGCUUCAGCGUGACGCAGAUGCUUCUUGCCGCCGCCAUUGUCGUUCUGUGGCGACUGCUCGACGAGAGCAUAUGGAGGGCAGACGGCAAAAUCAUGGGCUUGGUCGACCUGCGGCUGCUAAAGCAGAGUGUGAGCUUUUUCGACCACGACUGAAAUGCGCCACCAGGCAAAAGACGAAAAACCAAAAAACCAAAAACGAAAAUUCAAGACACCAGAAAAAUCUAGAAAGACAAAGACGGGCAGAUAGACUCAUGGAACAAAAUUGGUGUUGGGGGUUGAGGGUGACGACAAGGGGCUGCCUUUCGGGCGAGGCUCGCUCCGCAUGACUUAUCAUGAUAAAAGCACGACGACAAAGGCUACAUGCAUCACGAUCCUUCCCUAUGUACGGCUGUACGAUGAAGAUGAGCUACGCUUGAGCAAACGAGUUUGCCUCGGCUUGUAUUUACUUGUUGUCAGAUCCUUCGCUUCACCGAAACCCAUGAAUCUCUCCCAUACGUCACUCCAUGUGUGGGCGUCCAGUCAAAUGAGCCCUGCUUAGAAAUUCAAAAAGUCGGAUAUGUGAGAAGAAAAUGGUUGGACCAUCGAACGGCACUUGGGCCCGGGGUCAACAGAGUGAUGAUAAAUUUGCACACGAAACAGUAGAAGGGUAUAGCCCAUUUCCCACAACACACGAACGCCAAAAGACAGCCCCUUGGACCUUGCCUGUUCUCUGCAAACAUGGCGCCGCUUGCUGGAUGUUAAAUUACAGGCUCGUCGACGUUUUGGUCGGUGCCUGGGGCAGGCCUCGCAACUCGACCUCGCUGCCCAUGGUCAAGGACUCGAGAUCGCCCAGGUCCGAGUCGGAGCCGCGGGGAUGAUGCGGAUACUGCUGAUUGCUGCGCGCAUGGCUAAGCGGGUGCGUACUGCCGGCGCGAUGGUCCCGAUCCGCCGCCGUCCUGUCCACGAUGGUUCCCGCGCCGUAGCCACCGCCGCCAUCAUCGCGUGAGCGCAGCGAGCCGCCGGGGCCAUACCUCCCCGCACCGCGGCGGCGGCUGCUGCUGACGCCGGAACCGCCCGUUAUCUGGUUCCAGACGACGCGCCAGCUGGUGAUGAAGAAGAUGAGAAAGUUCCACAGGCCCUGGAGGGGCAGGACGGCGGCGGUGGCGAGGUGGUACUGGAAGG